CAGAUGUCUGCGGGAAGCCUGCAAGCAGGACGUAGAGGAAGAGCAAGGGCACUAUAUCACUCUUCACCCCACCCAUCGCGGUGUCCAACAACUGGUAUUCGGAAAGCAUACUGCCUCUGACUCUGGAGGGCAGAAGAUGGCCACCGUAGUUAGCAUCCUUUAAUACCCUUUCCUCCAUGAACAACGUAGCACGGCCCCCCUUUCUCAGCCUUGGAAGGCGGGGCGGCGGGAGGGGAGGAGUCCGGCUCCGCCAAGAAGGACAGGGCUGCAACGCCCGGCCGUCUCCGGGGUGGGGUGCGGCCGUCUCCGGGGUGGGGUGGGCCCGUCUGGCUUUCGCUCGACCGAGACUGAAUGUCGGAGGGAUUCUGGUGCUUGAGAAGCAGCAGGAGCAGCGGUAAUUAAGAUGGCUGUUCGGAAUGUGUUGGUGACUGGCUGCUCCUCCGGCAUUGGGCUGGCCCUGGCCCUGCGUCUUGCCAGAGAUGAGCUGAAGCGAUUCCAAGUUAUUGCCACCAUGAGGAAUUUGGAGAAGAGUCAAGCACUAGAAAAGCAAGCAGGGCCUGUGCUGGAGAAGACUCUUGAAAUCAAGCAGCUGGACGUGACCAGUGAGGAGUCAAUUCGGUGCUGCGUGGACAGCAUUCCCCAGCGCAGGGUGGAUGUGCUCGUGAAUAGUGCUGGAUUGGGCAUGAUUGGACCAGUAGAAAGCCAGAGUAUUGCCUCAGCACAGCGACUCUUUGAUACCAAUUUCUUUGGCUUGGUGCGCCUUAUCCAGGAAGUCUUCCCUGACAUGAAGCGGCAGAAGCAGGGACAUGUUGUUGUGAUGAGCAGCGUCCUGGGCUUGCAAGGUCUCCUUUUCAAUGACAUCUACUCAGCCUCCAAAUUUGCUGUGGAAGGUUUCUGUGAGAGCCUGGCCCUGCAGGCCCUGAAAUUUGGGAUCAAUGCUGACCCUGCCUCCAGGAGAGUUAACCCAUUCCUGUCUGCUCCAUUCUCCGCUGACCAGAAGUACACUUCACGCAUCAGCUUAAUUGAACCUGGGCCAGUGAUAACAGAAUUUGAGAGGAAGCUCUAUGAAGACGUAGCCAAUAUGGAUCUUUCUGCAGUGGAUAAAGAAACACUGGAUAUGUUCCAGGGCUUCUACAUGACUUACUCCAAGGAGGUCUUCACUGCACUGGGGCAAUCUCCAGAAGAGGUGGCGGAGCAUGCUAUGAAAGUGAUCACUUCAGAGAAGCCUCCAUUUCGGUAUCAGACCAACAGCCUCUACACGCCCAUCACUACUCUCAAACAUGCUGACCCCACUGGGAACCUGCCCCUCAAUGCCUUCCAUCAGAUGAUCUUCCAGCAUGACCGGCUCUUCAAAGCCAGCCUCAGCCUCCUCAAAAUGCUUCAGUGGAGGAAGAGGCGGGACAUGGACUGUAACAGGUCCCCCUGAGAAGAAGUGGCUGCCCCACCUUGGAGCCUCUCACUCCCUGGAUAGGGCACAGCCCACUUUCAGGCUUCCUAGGGAGUUUAGCAUUGAAUCUAGCCCUGACAGAGGGUUGUAUAUACACCCUGGAUGCAGGAACAGCCCUACUAUGAGGCAAAGGGGGAGUGGCAGCAGCAGAUUCAGGAUGUCAAGCAGAGUGGAAGACAGACAGAUCUGAACCAUUGGGUGCAAUCCACUGGGGAGGUGAUGCACUCUCGUCUUUCCCAUUCAUUUCAAUAUGGCUUGUGCAAGAGGCAUUUCCAGUGGAUUGUGCCACAUUCAUGUCAGUUACUGAGUGGAAGGCGCCAUUUAGUUCUGUAGGGUUUGGGUUUUUUUGCCUUGGGCACCAAAAUAUCUUGGGCUGAGAAAUUAUUGGCCCCUGCUGAGAUCAAGUCCCUUCACGGAAGAGGGCAAGCAAACCCAAUCUUCUGCUGCAAAAGAGCAUUCCACCUUACUGCAUGGGACUUGUCUCAAUGUCACAUCCUCUCUGAACAUUUAGGAAUGUCAUUAUCAGAAGUAACCUAAAAAUGUAAUCUAGUCUAACCUAAGCAAGCAACAGGACUUUGCUAGAUAAUAAAUUUUAUUUAUAUUUUUAGUGGGCUUGAAUUUGAGGGAUAAAAGAAAGAAAGAACCUUCAGAUACCUAAGGUACCUUCAGGAGCCUUCCAGAUGUUGGACUCAGAGUUCCCAUCAGCCACAGCAAACAUGGUCAGUAGUCAGGAAUGAUGAGAGUUGAAGUCCAACAACAUUUGGAGGGCAGCAGAUUGGCUACCCCUGUUUUGCACAGUAUGUAUAGCAGCCUUCCCCAGCCUAGUGUCUUCCAUAUGUUGGGAAGAGGCUGGUGGCAGUUGUAAUUGGGAAGAAAUAUCUGGAGGACACCAGGUUGGGGAAGGUUGAUGAAGAGUAGGAUAGGGGACCCUGUGGUCCUCCAGAUGUUGUUGGACCCCCCCCUCCCAUCAGGGCCAGAUUAAGCUGAGGAGGGGCUCCCUAGGCUGAUUGGUGUUUGGGGGGCCCUUCUUCUCUUAGGCAGAUCCAUGGAAACAGCCGCAGGAGGGAUCGCAGGACAGGAGCUUCUGAGCCACCUGCUGUCCCAUCCCAUCCCCCCUGCUUCACCUACCUUUCUGCUUUUUUUGUGGCUGCACGCACUGCGUGCGCAGGUUUGCCAUCAAUCAAGAUGGCGGCCGAGGUUUCCCUAAGGGGCUGAAGCCUCUGCCGCCAUCUUGGUUGAUGGCAGCAACGUGCGCAUGUAGCACGCAUGCAUGCUAUCAACCAAGAUGACGGCAGAGGCUUCAGCCCCUUAGGGAAACCUCAACUGCCAUCUUGAUUGAUGGCAAACCGCAAAAAACAGCGGAGAAAAAGGUAAGUGAAGCGGGGGGAUGGCGGGCGGUUCGGAAGCUCUUGCAUGGGCCACCAAGAGCUCCGGGCCCCUAGGCUUCAGCCUACGAAGUAUAAUGGGUAAUCUGGCCCUGCCUCCCAUCUUUGACCAUUGGCCAUGCUGGCUGGGUCUGAAAGGAGUUGGAUCUGGAAGGCCACAGGUUCCCCAGCCCUGACAUUGAGUGGUAGAAUUCUGGACCCAUAUUACGUUAGCCCUGAAAGUAGGAUUGUCAUAUUCUUGAAUGUUCUUUUAUGUAAAAAUAAAUGAAAAACUGCAUGCAGUAAACUAGCAUAUCAUUCAACGUGUCAUCAUAGCUGUCUCUUCUGAUGUGCUAGUUUGCUACAGGGAGGUUUAUAUGAGUGGGAGAAUUAAGAACAUAGUCUGACCUUGUAUAAAGUAACUUCCUAUCUGAUCACCUAAUCCACUGCUCUGAUUGCUUACGUUGGCUGACACUGGCAUUUCAGGCUUUCAAACAAGUCUUUCUUAUCAUCUGCUACUUGAUCCUUUUAACUGAAGGUGCCAGAAAUUGAACCCGGGACCUUGUACAUGCAGAACAAGUGCAUGAAUCCCCUGAAUUCAAAAUAUGAUCCUUAGCCCUUCUUUAAUCUGAAGUGAUAUGGUCCAGAAUGCAACCACAUCAGACUUAUCAUCUCAUUCUGCCUAAAGGUGGAUCAGCUCUCAUUUGUGUACUCUAAAGCAGAAAUAUUAACAGGAGUCUGGGCUCCUACCUGAUUAUCUCCCCUCACAGAAUUCCUGCUGAAAAUGUCUCUCGGCUUUUGACAGUCCUAGACUAGCUCUUAAGUUAGGGCUGGGAGAAUGUGGCCCUCCAGAUGUUGGUGGACUAUAGCUUCUGUUUUCUUUGACCUCUGGCCAUGCGGGCUGGGGCUGAUGGGAGAUGGAGGCCAACAACAUCUGGAGGGGCAUAGGAUGCCCAGCCCUGUCUUAAGCAACUCCAAAAAUGGAGAAGCUGUCUUAAGAAUGCCCUUGCUGAAGCAGUCCUGAAGGCUGAAAUAGAGAUUGAAUGGCAGUUGUAUUUAUUUUCCAGAGGGACCAAUAAUGUAACCAGGAGAAGGAGAAAAACUAAAUGAGACAUGGAGCAAAAGGAGCAGGAAGGAAAUAUGAGAAUAUUUUUUUUAAGUGCUGCUGCGGCUUGAUUUCAUAUACAACUUGGAACAAUAGUGGCUGAAUAUAAAUAAAGGAGUGCGAAAGAGUCCAAGGGAACGGCGAAUGUCAGUAGGGGAAGAAGUUGACAGAUCUGCUUCAUUUGCACAUGUAAUUUUAACUCAUUUGGGCAGCGAUACAUCUCGGAAAGUACCAGCAUGUGGGAUCUGAGAGGAUUUUUGGCAACACUGCAAAGAACUCCAAAGCACACCUUUGACUUGACUGUUUGGAGGGGGGGUAGAGGAGAGUGACUUGGACCUGGGUUCAAUCUUUUAUUCUACCAUGAAGUUCACUGGGUCACCUUGGGCUAGUCACUUUCAUUUUAACCUACCUUGAAGGCUUGUGGUGAGGAUAAAAUGGGGGAGAGCUGUCUAUGCUGGUCUUGAGUUCCUUGGAUAAGAGUAGGACAAAAAUAUAAUAGUUAAAAUACCCUAAGUAGGAAGAGGGAUUGUCAAUCCACUUGGGAGUUGACCAGUUAGGUAAUUUAGGUAUAUUCUGGAGGAGAGAGAGAGAGUGUGUGUGUUUUGUGUGAUGCAGGAGGAGAGGUAAUUAUUACCAAAUCCAAAAAGAACUUCCAGUUUUGGGACACUGACUGGUUUUACUGAGAGACUGCCUAACUGUGCCAUCUUAUGCAUGUUUAUUCAGACGUAAGUCCUAUUAAAUUAUUUGGGGCUUACUCUCAGGUAGAUGUGUAUAGGGUUGCAACCUUAGUUUUGCACAUUUUACUAUUCAGUAGUCUGUUAAAUAAAUACUUUUGUACAGGAA